AUGAAACCUGAAAUGUUCUCGAUAACUAACUUAUCAGUCAUUUCUCUACUUAUUACAAUUCAACUUCUGCUCAUCUUCCAUCAUAUUUAUGUCUUAGGAGAUGGUGAAGUAACUACGGUAACAGCACAUGAUGGACUAACUACAGAAACUCAACCGGAUGGGUUAACAGCAGGAACUCAACCGGAUGGACUAACGGCGGUAACUGAACAGGCAAUAACUGAUCCGGCAGUAGCAACCGAAUUAACUUCAAAACCAUACACUGUUGAUUCUGAUAAAGCAGAUGCAAAUAUUAGCAAUUCAUGUGAGGAUAUCAAACAACGUGGAUUAUAUCCGGAAAAUCCUGCAAGUGAUGACGAGAAAGAUUUUCCAAUUGUUUUCAUCCGAGUUGUUUACAGAGCCUAUCACAUCCAGGAAUUGCUAUUUAAUUUGAUACAUAAUAUGACUAAAAGUUAUAUGAAAUGUUUGGAAACUGUAUCAGAGAAACCUGCAUGGAAAUAUGCUAUCUUACUUCAGAAUGAUGAUUUCCCAAUAAAAAGUAAUUAUGAAUUGGUCAAAAUAUUGGAUAUACUUAAUGGUAGUAAUGCAAUUAAUGUUGGAAGACCAUAUCGUCAUCGUGUACCGCAACAUAUCGAUUGGAGUUAUGCUGGUUUAAACCUUUUUAAAGAUUCAAGCAAAAAUGUUCCCGAUUCACGUCUAAAACUUGCUAAAGGAAGUCCAUCUGUUGCAUUGUCGAGAGGUUUUGUAGAGUAUGUAACGAAUGAAUUGAAUUUAACAACACUUAUUAACAUUUUUGACUCGAAACCAUUUGGAACUGAUGAAAUGAUCUUCCAAAGUUUACAUUCCGAUGAUGCUUUAGGUUAA